AGCCUCCAUCUGAUGGCAGCAUCAGGCAGUCCCGUGAAACAUUUGCGUGGGAGUUCCCUUCACCGCCAUGUCUGGACAGUGCACAUCUCUCCCUCCUUCUCUCUCUCUCGCUCUCUCAGUGCAUCCUCCCCCACAUUAACAGCUUAGCACAGCAGCAGCGGCUCCUACAGCAUCCAACAUCCAUCCAUCCAUCCAUCCCUGCCUGCCUGCCUGCCUGCCUGCCUGGGGAGCAGCAGUAUACCCGGCGCAGCACCGACGCACGGAGGGGACGCAUCAUCUGAGUGAUGCCACAGCAUCAGUCGCAUUUCGACAACAAAUACUGAGAGUAGAUCCUAAAGGAGGGAGAGAAAACGCUUCAGCCACGAAGACAGCAACUGCCCAUGAAGAUGUCUAACGCUGACAUCGUCUUAAACGCCACCGAUCGGAUGGUGAAAUCUGUCCCCUUCCCCCUGAGCCACCGCCUUACACUGAAGGAAGUGUUUGACUGCGAAGGGAAACCCCGUGUUGAUCUCCUGAAGGCCCACCUCACCAAGGAAGGCCGUGUAGAGGAAGCUGUGGCACUUCGAAUCAUCAACGAGGGAGCAGCUAUCCUGCGUCAGGAGAAAACUAUAUUGGACAUCGAGGCACCAGUCACAGUGUGUGGUGACAUCCAUGGGCAAUUCUUUGAUCUUAUGAAGCUGUUUGAAGUUGGAGGAUCACCAGCCACAACACGGUACUUGUUCCUUGGGGACUACGUUGACCGUGGCUACUUCAGUAUUGAGUGUGUUUUAUACCUCUGGUCGCUGAAAAUCCUCUAUCCAAAGACACUAUUUUUACUUCGUGGAAAUCAUGAAUGUAGACAUUUGACAGAAUAUUUCACCUUCAAACAAGAAUGUAAAAUCAAGUACUCAGAGCAGGUGUAUGACUCAUGUAUGGAUGCAUUUGACUGCCUUCCCCUGGCUGCACUCAUGAACCAACAGUUUCUGUGUGUCCAUGGUGGACUCUCACCUGAAAUACACACCUUAGAAGACAUUAAAAAGUUGGAUCGGUUCAAGGAGCCGCCGGCUUUUGGGCCCAUGUGUGACCUGCUGUGGGCUGAUCCUCUGGAGGACUUUGGCAAUGAGAAAACCCAAGAAUAUUUCAGCCACAACACAGUGCGAGGCUGCUCCUACUUCUACAGUUAUCCAGCUGUAUGUGAGUUCCUACAGAGCAAUAACCUAUUAUCAAUUAUCCGAGCGCAUGAAGCACAAGAUGCAGGCUACCGGAUGUACCGUAAAAGUCAGACCACUGGAUUCCCAUCCCUCAUUACCAUCUUCUCAGCACCAAACUACCUGGAUGUUUACAACAACAAAGCUGCUGUACUGAAAUAUGAAAAUAAUGUCAUGAACAUCCGACAGUUCAACUGCUCACCCCAUCCCUACUGGCUGCCCAACUUCAUGGAUGUCUUCACCUGGUCUCUUCCAUUUGUUGGAGAGAAAGUCACAGAAAUGCUGGUGAAUGUGCUGAGCAUCUGCUCUGAUGAUGAACUCAUGAAUGAUGAAGAUGAAAUCUUUGAUGCCAAUGCAGCUGCAGCACGCAAGGAGGUGAUCAGAAACAAGAUCCGUGCUAUUGGCAAAAUGGCCAAAAUGUUCUCAGUUCUCAGAGAGGAGAGUGAAAAUGUGUUGACGCUUAAGGGCCUGACGCCCACUGGCAUGCUGCCAAGCGGGGUUCUCUCUGGAGGCAGACAGACACUGCAGAGUGCCACCAUUGAAGCCAUUGAAGCCAUCGAGCCACAAGAUGAGGACGGAGAAGCUAUCCGUGGGUUUUCCCCCCAGCACAAGAUCACCAGCUUUGAGGAGGCUAAGGGUCUAGACCGCAUCAACGAGCGCAUGCCACCUCGCAAGGAUGGGGUGAACCAUGUGGGUCACUCCAUGGGAAAGAUGAAUAUGUCAGAGGCAAACGGCACGGAUGACAACAGCAACAUCCAGUGAUGUGCUGUCUGAGCCUCAGAACCGUGCCGCUGUUGCUUUGUGCAGCAAGACAUUGCCAAAUCGGGAAUUCAGGCCUCAGAACAUAGAAAUAAACCAGGCCCACAGACAGAAUAUGAAAUCUGCAGCAAAUCUAAAACGGGCGAAAAGGUCAUUUUUUUCAUGACAGUAUGUCAUCGCACAGUUGGGGGAGGGGGGGCUGGGGUUCACAGCAGAGGGCGGGGAUAAGGAGAGGCCAGCAGGCUGCAGCUUGACUGAAAAAGUGUGGUUGAAAGUUAUUUCUGCCUGUUGUAGCCCUUUCUCAGUUCAAUUACAGACUGAAUUGUUUGCGGUUGUGUUGUUCUGAGUGCUGACAAAUGUCUGCUCCUUCAUUACAGGGCCUGACAUAACUGCAGUAUCCAUGCCAUACAAAUCAUUUUACUGUUUCAUAAAGUGUUUAUUAUGAAUCACUCACAAAUUCACUUCAUGAGGAAAAUUCAUCUUGUUAUUGCUAAUAUUAACAAGUCACGCCACUUUGUGAGAAAUUAAGCAAAAAGAAAGGAAGCAAAAUGUGAACCUCUUAAAACUUGUAGUACAAUCUCACCAGUGGACUUAAAUUUAUUGAUUGACCUUGUUGUAAGAUGCCUCAUGCUGCGAGGGAAAGAGGACAGGGUGCUCACCUGUGCUCACAGCUCUAGCCUAACCACCAAAGCUACUGCCGUCUGAGAUCAAAUUCCAUCUUGGGUAUAUCUCAGUACUCUCCAGGUCUGCUCCUUUCCUCACCUCCCUCCUUAUCAGUCAUCUCCUAGCAAGAAGUAACUUGGAGGGGAUGAGGGAAGAAAGGGAGGGGAUGAAAGGAGCAUUCCACUGCUUACUGUAGGCACCUCAACAUCACAGAUUAAACCAAGAUUUAACAUUUGAAAAUAGGUGAAUCUCAAACGGUUAUAUUUUUAUCUAGACCAUUCUUAAAAUGAUUUUCUUCCUCUCCAUUAAAUGUUUAAGUAGUUCACAUCAGAGAAGCAUUUGAUCAAGCUGUACCUCACACAUCAUGCAAUUCACUUUCUGGAAAGUAUACACUUCAGCAUCCCCUGCUAAAGGAAGCUUUGGAUCUGGGUUUUCUCAUCUGUCCUCCAUUACUAUGACUGGCAACAAAGUGGCAUUAACACCAGUUUCUGGAUCACAGAAGAAAAGAGAAGAAGUGAUUUUGAACUUUGGGACUGGCCCUGCUGUCACACACUACCUGAUUAUAUCUGCUGCUUGUUGCUAAAGAAAAAGUAAAAUAAUAUGUGCUGUCACUCAUUAGCACUGUUUGCAUUUUUUUUGCUGUGCUGCAAAUUAAGUGAGAUUUCAUGCCUUAGAGCUACACAAAGUACUAUAUCAGAGUGAGAAGGAAAUUCUACAAAUUUGUGAACGCAUACAAUUGAAAUAUGUUUUGUUUAAAGAGUAUUUAACAACCACACACACCACUGUGUCAUUAGGAAUAAGCAGGCUUCGAUCCAGCCUGAAAUUUAUUUAACGGAUUUGAAGAAUGUAUCCUGACCAGAACUCAGUUAAUUAAUGCUACUUUUGAGAACAAAUGUAAAAAAAUGUUUUAAAAAAAUCACUAAAACUGAUCUUAGAUGAAAUUAAAGUUGUCAGAAGUACUUCCUUCAGGAUAACUGAGCACAGUGUAGACCAGGCAUUUGGUUUAUGAAUUCAUCCAUACUGCAUCUAAGUGUGUUCAUCAUAUAUAAUUUCUUGUUUUUCUAUCAAUUUUUCUAACCUUAUCUAAUUUUACUGUGGAGUACAGUGGAGAAAUAGGCCGAGAAAAUCUUCACUGACAAGUGCACCCACACUGUGAUUCAAAUAAAUCAUGUCUAAAUAUUGUGUCAAAAUACUUUGAUGAAAAGUCCAUUUGUAACCUCAAAUGCCAUGUUGCACUGAAGAGAAAAGAAACAAAAUAUAAACAGGAAACAUUCUGGUUCUUUCAAAAUACAUAAUUUGGGGAAGCCGAUACCAGUGAAGCCCCAACCUCAAGCGACACAUACUAUCACAUAAAUUUCUAGAAUUUCCUUUCAUACAUUAAUAUUUUUUCUACUCUAUAUUUCAUCUUUCUAUUAAUGAUAAAGGUAUGUGGAUUAAGGAUGGACAAGAAGUGAUUUUUAACACAGCAUCUAUGGUACUGAACGCAUCAAUGCAUGCAAUUAAGUUCCUAAUUGUUAUGUGAGAUUAUAAUUGUGAUAGUUGUGUUUCAAAUAGUAAACUUGAAUUCUUUUAUUUUUGAAUUAUAUUUGUUUUAUUUGUCUUGUUUUAUAAAUUUUAUAAAUAGGCUUCCUUUGAUUGUUUUUGUCCAUUUUUUUCAUUCUGUUAUUUAUUACCACUGCUUUUAAUUUUAUAUUGAUUUAUUGUAUGCAGAGAUGCCCUUAUAAGGUGUUAAGCCUUGUGUUUAUUUUUUUUUCGGUUGUACUGAUGUACAGAAAAUGUUCUAUAGUGUGAAUGAAUAUAAUCUCAGUGAAAAGCAACUUUCAGGCUGCCAAAGCAUGAUAGCAUGGUUUUCAGAUGUAAAUGAAUUGGACACAAAGAAAAUCAUGUGUCGCACUUAAGUUUAACAGGAAACAUUGUAUUCUGGUUAUAUUUACUGCUGAUAUUAUUAUUGUUACAAUUUAGCUUAUGGUUAUUUUCCUUCCUCUGUUUCUGGUUCUUGUAUGGUCUACAUGCAUAUUUCAACAAACAAAUAUAAUGGAUUUUAUCUUGCAACAUUUUUUAUUAUCUAUGGAAAUAUGUUUUCGCAUUUGACUUCCUAAAUGAUACACACAUUGUAAGCAUGCCCUAUGGGACAAAUCACAUUUUUUACUCUUGAAUAAAAUAUGCAUGAACAAAAA